AUGUCGACGUUGACGAGGAAGUAUUUGGUGGUUUAUGCGAUUGUUAUGGGUGCGGAUUGGCUACAAGGACCAUAUGUGUAUUCUCUUUAUAGGGAACAGUAUCAGUUCCCUGAACGACUCGUUGCGGUGCUUUUUGUUACUGGGUUUAUGUCGGCUGGUCUUGCUGCCCCUCUUGUGGGCGUGUGGGCUGAUGAACACGGCCGCCGUCGCCUCUGCAUGGUCUUCUGCAUAACCUACACCCUCGCAUGCGUAUGCAUCACCUUCCCCGUCCUCCCCAUCCUCCUCGCGGGCCGUUUUCUCGGCGGAGUAUCCACCUCCAUCCUCUUCUCCGCAUUCGAGUCAUGGCUUAUCUCCUCUGCCUCGUCCGCGUCUCUUCCCUCUGCAGACUUGUCCACCAUCAUGGGCCGCGCGACACUUAUUAAUGGGAUCGUAGCUACCAUUGCCGGGGUGGUGUCGAACCAGCUUGUAGCAUCCACGAAAAACUACGCCGUCCCGUUUAUUGCUAGCGGGGCGCUCCUCAUUUUGGGAUGGUGCGUUAUUAGGGGGACGUGGACAGAGAAUUACGGUGCUACCAGUGCAAAGAACGACGACAUUUUCCAAGUUAAGAGGCUUGGUGUUGCAUGGGAUAUUGUUCGACAAGAUCCCCUUCUCUUGGUCCUCGGCCUAACACAAACAUGCUUCGAAGGCUCAAUGUACCUCUUCGUCUUCCUCUGGGUCCCCGCUCUCCAAGAAUACGCAACCUCUUACCCCGCCCAGCCUCUUCCCCUAGGCUACAUCUUCUCCUCCUUCAUGAUAUCUAUGAUGCUCGGGUCCCUACUCUACACCGCCAUCUCAUCCUACCACGCUUCCCAAACUCGUCCAGGAGGAGACUCGAGCUUGACGCUGCAUGCUAAAUUGAGCAGCUUGGUGUGUGCGGUUAGCGCUGCGGCGCUGGCGUGCAGUAUCUCGUCUAGGAGCGAGUAUGUACGCUUUUUCGCGUUUUGUUUGUUUGAGGCGUGUGUAGGGAUGUAUUACCCUGUACAGGGCAUGUUAAGGGGGACGCUUAUCUCGAAUGAACAUCGGGCGACUCUCUCAUCCCUAUUCCGCGUCCCACUAAACAUAUUCGUCGUCGUCUCCCUCUUAACGGGGGUAUCGUCCGCCCGGUACGCGGUGCUGACUGCCAGCUCGAUCAUGCUCGUGUUCUCGUCACUCAUGACGGGCGCGGUGAUCGUCAGCCGGAGCGACGAGCAACAACAACAAGGGAACGGGGCUAGUGCGAAUGGGAAUGGGCACCGAUGAAGAUGGAAUGAAAUUUACAUGCUAUGCUGAGCGGACGACAAGGAAAUAAAAUGGGUCGUGAAGACCCCGUUGCUGAUUUUUGCUUAUUUACUUACGUAUAUCACUCACGUUCUUUGUGUGGAGGAAGGGGUGUAGGAGGGAGGGGAUACACUAUAACUUAGUAGUAUGCUUCUAUAGACUGACU